AUGGCUGGAGAAAAGCUCACAAAGAAGCAGCAGAAAGCUGCCCAGUUCAAGGCGGGCAAGCGAGGCAAAGGAUCGGCCGUUGAGGAUCACCCCGCCACCCCUGAUGACAUUCCCGAGGACAUUCCUGCCUCCAGCGCACCGGAAGCAUCCACAUCCACAUCGUCAUCGAAGUCAUCAAAGUCAUCGAAACCUUCGAAGCCGUCGGAAGAGGCAACUUCAACGGACGCACCAGUAGCCGAGGCAUCAGCAGCAGAAGCACCCGUCAAAGAAGAGAAGCGCAACAAGAAGCGCAAGCGUCUCGCAGCCGAAGCGGAAGCGCUUGCUCAAGCCGGUGUCACCCCUGAGCAACCAGCACCGGAAGCGAAGAGCAAAGACGACGUCAAGGCCAAAUCAACCAAGUCCAAGUCCAAGUCCAAACCAGAUCCUGCGGCUCCUGCGAAGAAGACGACGUUCGGCGACGACGGCGAAGUAGCCGCCGAGGAAACCGUCUCGUCCGCCCCUUCAACAUCCGAACCCACCGCCAAGAACAACAAGUACAUCCUCUUCAUCGGCAACAUGGCGUUCAGCACCACAUCCGAGUACAUCUCCAAGCACUUUGGUCAAGCGUGCGGUGAAACCCCCACCGUCCGUCUGCUCACCCGCAAAGCCGACCCGAACGCGCUCGCCUCGCUCCCCGCGUCGAAGCGCAAAUCCAUCGCCAAAGGUAAAGCGCUGGACCCGACCAAACCUCAAUCGAAAGGAUGCGCUUUCGUCGAAUUUCAAACCAGCGAGGCGCUACGAAAAGCACUCAAGUUCCACCACACGCUGCUCGAGGGGAGGAAGAUCAAUGUCGAACUCACCGCCGGUGGUGGAGGCAAGGGCGAGGCGAGACAGGAGAAGAUCAAGGCGAAAAACGCCGGAUUGGAGAAGGAGAGGGCUAAGUUGCAUGCGAAGCACGUAGCACCCAAGAACGAGGAGAGGAAGAGGAGAGGCGGUGCGGAGGGUGGGGAGAGGGAGAACAAGAGGAGGAGGCCGGUGGAGCAGGAGAAGGAAGAGGGGUGGGGAAGGAACGCGGGACGGGAGAGGAAGAUGCCAAGAUUUAUGGCGACCGGUGCGAAUGCGGUUCGUGUCGCUCCGACUUCGUAG